AGAGCAGUAACAAAGGCAUCGCAUAGGAAUAUACGAACAGUUACACUAACAAGACAACCGCAAUAACCUCCUGAUUCAUUGUCCACACAAAAGCUGCUCAAACAAAGCCCACCGCGACACCUCUGUUCGCGCCGAGAAUUGAAUUAGGUCACUCUUCCUCGAACCUCAUUUGCCUCAAAGUUCAAAAUAACUGUAUAUAUAUAGUGCUGGUCGCGCCUCCUUAUGCCGAAGCAACUCUAGACUUAUAGGUUGCAAUAUGGUCAUCGACUUCUUUAAACUAGUACCUUUGAGGGGUAGUGCUGCCUAUAAGACACGCCUACCUAGAUAAGGGUGUUCCUUGCUCCGCCCACAGUAUGCUGCUCCUUGUCAUCAAGCUCCUACUUAUCUGGAUUGAUCCACGCCCCCCUUGUCGUACUUCUCAGCUUCAUUCUGGCCCGUCGAAAAUUUUGGUCUAGUGGGGAAGUUGCUUCUACAAGGGAAAUUUUUGUUGAAUUAUUGCGAAGUGAGGUUCUUGCUUUAAGGAUAACUCUAUUGCAACGUAAUUUUAAAUAGUACUAGAACAAGUGUCGGCCCCACACGGCAAACCAACCCUCCCCCCAAAAAAAAAUAUUUGUGAGACGUUACCAAACCGUUUUGAAAGCGUAAGUGAAUUUGAUUACCAAGAUGGACAAAAAAGGCGGUAAUUCGCUAAUUUAGCUGAUAAUUCCCUACCAAUUGCCCUUCGGAAAUGCUCUUUUCAAGCCCGAGAAUUUUCGUGUUCGCUAUAGUUUAUUUCCUGACAUCGCGUUUUCACCAUGCAGUCGUAUCCGCUGACGUCACCUCUGCGACCACGCUGAGCGAACAGGACCUCAAGCAACUCGGCUUCGAUUUGGAAGUGAUGCUGAAACUCUCCCUGAGGGACUGGCGCUUCCUCACAGAGACGGAAAAAGUCACCGACGUCGGAGACGUUCUCUUGAAAGAGGAUUUUCUGUCUGCGAAGGAUUCUUCUUCGUCUGGCGGAAGUCAAGGCUUCCGAUGUGGAGAGGAGGAUGGAAGCGAUUGCUCUCGUCACAUUCUAGAUAAAAGAGAGACGACUGUUAAAGCUGGCGAAGAUAUCGGGAACUCGGAGGGUUAUAAUUAUCAUCCUGACGUAGACUUAGUUCGUAAUGUUUCGAGGAGAGGAAAUAAGAACGAGUCUUCCCGCUCUCGUCAAGCCCGAGAUGGCGCCAAAGUUCCCGUCCUCUACAUGCCGGGAGGGAAGAAGAAGAGGAAAUGCGCAGAUGUCAACGGCGGGAUGCUGGCCGGCUUCAACACUUUCAAUUACUUGACUUUCGUGACCGGCGUCAUCACGCUCGUGCUCAACGUCAACAACAACAUCAACAACAACAACAACAACAAUAACCUCAACAACAACAACGAUCUCUCCAACAACAACGUGAAUGCCAACACCAACACUCAAAAUGCCAAUCAGGUUGUCAUUUUUCCACCAGGAAGGAAAAGACGCUUCGUUGAAGAUUGGAUUUUGCAAAUGAAGCCUCUACCUCAACCUGGCAGCCUUUCUAGACGAACGACAAAAUCAAGCCCAUCUGGUACAGAGGCCGUGACUCAAGACGAUGCGAAGGUUCCCAAAGAAUCCACCACGGCAACUUGUAUGAUCUCGGAUAUGGUCUUCCCUCUCUUGGAGGCGUUGAACGCUUGGACUGAGGGAGCCAUGGCCAUGGACGGUGAAUGCGGCUGGAAGCGCUAUUGUGAGGUCCUGCUGAAGUAUUCAAGAAGAGCAGAUGGGCCGUCUGUCGUUCUUUCUAAGGCUCUGAGGCGGCUGUCGGACCUAGUGGCGUCACCUUUUGCAAGUUCUUCGGAGUGCUAUGUCCUCCUUGUGCGAUGCCACCUCGUAUGAAUCCAAGAUGAAGCUGUAGUGUUGCCUUGGUCAGUUCUUAUAAUAAAAUAUGUUUUUCAUUUAUUACUGACUGAGAUACGAUUGGAAAGCAUUUUGCGAUUGACAGUAUCAGUGUUAGUGUAUUAAAAUGAAAAUACACACACACACACACAAAGAAAUAAACUAAUUGCAUUUUCUAUAUCUAUACCAGCACAUUUUUAGUUUUCCGAAAAGAAAACUGUUGUGCUGGCAUUGUCUAUCCGUCCGCCCUCAGAUCUUGAUAGCUCCUGAGGCUAGAUUGCUGCAAAUUGAUAUGUCGAUCACCCACCGUCCAAUCAUCAAACAUGACAAAUUGGAGCCCUCUAGCCUCAGUAGUUUUAAUUUUAUUCAAGGUUAAAGUUAGCUUUAAUCGGGCCGAGGUGAAAGUUUCAUCGGCCGCGUCUCAUUCAGCGUUAUACCGAGACAAACGAAAGAUAGAUCCAUUUUCGGUGGCCUUGCUUGUACUCUAUACAGAAAACUCGAUUGCGCUGAAGAAACUUCGGCGCAUUUUUUACUUGUUUUAUGUUGCGUCAAGUCAAAGACAACUGUAUACAAACACCAAUACUUGACAAACUUGUUCCAAUUUCAUUGUAAAUACUUGUGUAUGGGACUCAGUUUCACUGAAGUACCUAUAUACAUUUUCAAAUAUGCGUUGAAAAAGAAAUAUGAAGGUAUU